UUUCUCGACCAUUGCAAUGGAGAAAUGCAGUUCGGAGGAGUUGAGCGUCGGCCUUCCUCCGAUUACAAUCGACUCUAUAUCACAGAUGAUUUACCGGAAAGCUAUGAUGGAUGAGCAAACAAGUCAAGAACCGAUCACCAUUUUUUAUGAUGGGCGGGUUUAUGUUUUUGACAUCAUGGAACUUCAGGUUAGAGCCAUAAUCUUGCUUGCAACUAGAGAAAUGGAAGGAGGGUUGACAUCAAGGUUCUCCAAGGAAGCAAUAUCACUUGCACUGCAAUCUCAAAUGCUCGGACCUCCGUCCGGAUCCGUGAAGAAAUCUCUCCGGACAUUUCUGCAGAAAAGGAAAGAAGUAUAG